AUGGAUACAACUACUACACAUAACUAACCAUAAAUUGAAACAUUUGAAUCCAAAUUGAUUACCAUAUAAGGAACAUCUUCUCUUCCAAAUGAACGCGUCUAUCGUAUCCGAAAAUCAUUCCAUCCAUAAAUCACUGCUAACCAGUUCAUUUUAAAUAAAACCUUAAAUUCCUCAGUCAACAGCCUUAAUCACUUUUGUCAACUAUGCAAUAAACAUACAUCAACACCAGUACUCAAAUUUUGUGCCUGUUAGGAUAGAUAAUAUCAUUUAUUGUGUCUAAUAACUCGCAUAACAUUGGAAUACAAGUAAGGUAAUGGUAUAAUGCAAUGUGCUUAUUGCAGUUUAUAUUAUCCAACUGUGAUUGAAACUAAGUAUAUAUUAAUUUAAGAUUAGCUUCUCUUAUAAUAACUUAACCAGAAAACAAAAAUUCUCAUAUUUCUUAGCCUUUUUAUUGUUGCAAAUUUCAAUCGUCGUUGAAAUGGCCGUUAUGAUAGCAAAAUAGCUCGAUCUUCCUUUUUAUAUCUUGUUAGCUAACUUACUAUUAAUAGAAUUGCUUUUGCUACUUAUGUUGAUAAGAAGAGCAAUACUAGUCGCUCGCAUUGUAAGAUUUUCACUAGAAGAAUAUAAGUUUUGUGAUGAAAUUAUCUAAUCUACAUACGCAAAAAACUCGUUUAAAAUAAUCUCAGCCUUAAAAAGUCAUAAAGCCAAGCAAUUGUUUAAUGAAUGA